CGUGAAGUGGCGUGAAGUACGGCGUCGCAGCGCCGAGGUGCAUUAGUUUUGGAGUGUGUACAUAUAAAUGGCGGCUGACGCAAAAUGGUAUUUUACAAAAGAACAACUAGCAAAUUCACCGAGCCGAAGAUGCGGUAUCGACGCCGAUAAAGAACUGAGUAAUAGGCAGCAGGCCGCAAAUUUCAUCCAGGAUAUGGGACAACGAUUAUCUGUUACUCAACUAUGCAUCAAUACAGCCAUCGUGUACAUGCAUCGAUUUUUUGUGUUCCACUCAUUAACACAGUUUCCACGGAACAAGAUUGCAGCAGCGGCCCUCUUCUUAGCGGCAAAGACAGAGGAGCAACCGCGGAAACUGGAGCAUGUCAUCAAAUGUGCGCAUUUGUGUCUCCACAGAGAUCAGGCGUCACUUGACAUGAAAUCGGAUCAAUAUUUGGAGCAGGCUAAUGAGUUGGUGUCCAAUGAAAGUGCCCUCCUAAUGACUCUGGGUUUCGAACUUGCCAUUGACCACCCUCACACACACGUUGUUAGAUGUUGUCACCUAGUAAAAGCGAACAAGGACUUAGCCCAGACUUCAUACUUCAUGGCAUCUAACAGUUUACACCUGACAACAAUGUGUUUGCAGUAUAAACCCACAGUUGUUGCUUGUUUCUGCAUUCAUUUGGCUUGUAAAUGGUCCAAUUGGGAGAUACCACAAAGCAACGAAGGAAAACACUGGUUCUGGUAUAUCGACAAAACGGUUACUUCGGAACUCUUGCAAAAAUUAACCGCCGAAUUUCUUCACAUUUUUGAUAAAUGUCCCUCGAGGCUGAAAAGAAAAAUCAAGAGUAUCAAUGAUAACCAAAGUCCGAAUAUGAGUCACCAGAUUACAAAUUCUCCUUUUGAAUUAGAGCCAAGGAAAAUUCAAUCCCCAGCAACGGAUGGUCCCACAUUUCCCUCGAAUCGUUCUCAUCAUCCGCAAAAACACGACGACAAGAAGCCAACAAUGCCAGGACGAUCGUCAGUCGAUUAUCGCGAGUACCGCGAAAAGAAAGAACGCGAACGUCUCGAGAGGGAGAAAGCGGCAGCAAAUGCCGCCGGCGGAUCAUCAUCAACUGGUCAAAAUGUCACCGACCCCAAUAAACAUCAUUCACAUCAUCACAAACAACAAAUACCGGGUUCAAUAAUGCCAAACAAGCAAGCUCCAACGCCAAAUCAAAAAUCGGCACUCCAUCACAAUCAUCAUCACAGGCCUGACAUGAAACUAAAUCCAUCACUGUCACAAAGGCACACGAGUAGCACAUCGCAAACAAGAGAUCCAAAUCGCGAUCCAAACAGACAACGCGUUGCAACUCGUGAAUUUAACAGCGGAACAAGUGGCACACUAUAUCAUCACAACAUCUCCCAAAACGAAACAAAUCUAAUAGCCUCACAGCCAGAUCUUGCGGCAAGACUCGAGUCAGGCUUACCACAAGAAUCAGCGUCACACUCGAAUCCUCAGGACAAGUUGAGCAAUAAUAAUCACAAUGUACAUAGAGUAAGCUCACAUGACAAGAGGUACGAUCCACGACACAAUAAAUUACCGGAACACAGAAAAGACGAGCAGAAAGUCGCAUCAUAUCCUGAAUAUCGUGACAUGUCGCGCGUCGAUCGUCAAAGGAAGCCCGAUUCACUUGAGCAGAGAAGUGAGGAGGUGAGGAAGCUCAUUGAAAAACCACUUCCGCCACCAAAAACAAGGCAGGAAUUAACGAAGGACGAUUAUAUUGCGCAUAUGCUGAAACAAUCGCAUCAUUCCAAACAUAAUCAGUCUGAUAAAUUGCUGCAGGGUAAUUCGGGACAAAAUUUAACGAUUCCAAUCACGCCGCAAAUGCAACAACAACAACAACAACAGCAGCAACAGAAAACAAUGCCAAAACCAAUGGGACAUCAACAUUCAAUGUCCGGAAUGCAGCAGUUUAUCAAGAAUGGAAGUUCGUCACAAUCGUCGAGUUCAAUGAGCAAUGUUGAGGAUCCUAAAGCUGAGAAGAGGCCACGACAUGACGAGAAGACGAUGAUUGAACAACAGAAUGUGGCUAACGUUAAACCAAAGUCGCUGUUUAGUCCUGAGAAGAUUCAAAGAGAUGCACCUCGCGACUCACAUCAACGUUCCAAGUCGCGACAAAAAACACCACCGGCAGCAAAAAUUGCGAAACAACAAUCUGCUGCUCUCGAUUUACCGGCAACACUUAUAUCGCCAUUUUCAAGUCCACCUGGUUUACAGCAACAACCACAACAACAACAACAACAGCAACACGAUUCACUAAAACGACCACAGUUAGAAAUUGCAAAUUCCUCACAUAAACGACAUCGUGGCAUGAAUGAAUUCGAUCAAACAACAUCCGCUCAAGAUGCAUUAUCAUCUGUAUUAAAUGCAACAAAUAAUAUACCCGGACUUCUUCAACCAAUCAACGAACUACCAUCAAGAAGUUCAUUCAUGAACGAUACAAAAAUGCCCGAAUUAUUAAGACCCUUCGAACCCGAAUCAACACUAACUCAUCGUGCCUCACUUGGUCCAUUAACAAACGGCAUUGAAAGUCGCUUGUCAAGGCAAGAAUUUUCCGAGGCACAAGAAUUCCCUAAAGCUCAAGAAUUUAAAGUUAAUCAAGAUUUUAAACCAAUUAUCGAUCAAGUGAAUUUUAAAGCAACUCAAGAUUAUAAACUAAAUCAAGAAUUGAAAGUUACCCAAGAUUUUAAAUCCGCACAAGAUUAUAAGCAACUUCAGGAUUUCAAAUCAGUUCCAGAUUUUAAAAUUAAUCAAGAGUACAAGCAUGAAGUGCCCAAGGUUCAUGAUUUUCCAAAGAAUAUUUUCGAUUUUAAAGAUGGAAUGGAAUUCCCCCGCGCUACAGUUCAAUUACAGAGGCUCACCGAUUAUCCAAAAGUAAAAGUCGAACAACCAAAAACAAUACCCGAAUGUUCCAAGAAUCAAUCCGAUUUUGUGAAACAAGAACUACAAGAAUUUCUCGUCACACAAGAUCCAAUUGUAUUUCCAAAACAAGAACCACAAGAAUUCAUCGAGCCGAUUGUUGAAAGUAAGAAAAAAAUUAAAGCUGAACCAUUGGAGGAAUUCUCGCGUACAAAAUCAGCACAGAGUAUCAGUGCAUUACUACAGGAACCCUUAGCGCCAAUGCCUUCGCUUCUUCAACAAUUUAAUCAACCCCCACAACAUCAACAACAAAUACAAGAAUAUCCGCCAAUACUAUCGGCAAUUUUACCGUCCGAACAAUCAAUUCAACACGAAACACAACAACAACAACCACAACAACAACAACAGCAUCAACAACCACCGCCACUAGUGUCAACAGUCGAUAUGGGCGCACUUUCCGGCUCAACAAUUGAUUCAACACUCUCAACUCUAUCGACAACUUCCACAGUUCCAAUAAUGCCAGUUGUUGUCGAGGAGAAAAAAUCCGAACAUCAUAAAAGUGAAAAGAAAAAGAAGGAGAAGAAACACAAACACAAAGACAAGGAGAAGAGUAAAGAGAAGCAUAAACACAAGCACAAGGACAAGGACAAGGAGAAGCAUCGCGACAAGGAUAGGAAAAAAGCCGAGGGCGAUAAUAUGACCGCCGAACCAAUAAAAAUAACAAUACCCAAGGAUAAAAUUAAUUUAACCAGCGAAUCAUUGGGUAGUGUUGAUAAAUUGAAAUCGCCACCUGGUAAAAUAAAGAUUAAAAUUGCCAAAGAAAGAAUCAAGGUGACACAAUCGAUACAACAACAACCACCACAACCGGCGACAAUUCAACCUUUGAAAAUUAAAAUUCGUACCGACGCUAUUUCUCGAGGUGAGCAUGAUACCAGAAAAAGGGAACGCAGCGACGGUCACGAGAAUUUACAAAGUGGACCACCGAAUAAAAAACAGCAGCAGUUACUACUACAACAACAGCAGCAGCAGCAACAACAACAGUCUGUUAAUCCCGUUCUCGUUCAACAACAACAGCAGCAGCAGCAGCAACGUUCCAAUGAGAGACAGAAUGGAAGGCACUAUAACUCCGGCAGUAAUAAUAAGGAGAAGCACUCGUCGAGUCAUCACAAGAGUUCACAUAAGUUAUCACAACAGUCGUCGUAGUGGAAAUCCUAGAUAGGUUAAUAGAAAAAAAAUUAUCAAUUCAAUUCUCAGAGUAGAGAAUGAAUUGAAAAAGAAAAAAAUAUAUAUACACACACAUUGUACAAAGAAAACUCGCCGUUAACUUAUGCCCGAGACAAAAGCAAAAAAAGGUAUGUCGUAAUUAAGACACGGUUUUUGUCUCUUAGAAAAUAUUUCCUUCCCUUUUCUCUCACAAGCUCCGACUUUUGAAACAUUGCGUGACUAACGUAGAGAACAAAAAAUGACAACAAUAUCAAUCGGAAUUUUUUCCCUUAUUUAAAAAUUCACAUCUUCUUUUGUUUAAUUAAACAAAAAAAGAAAAUUCAAAAAAUAUUAUUGUCAUUUUUUUUGUUGUAAUUAUGCUAUCUCUCUUUUUUAAUGAUUCUGUUUCUCACUUUUUUUCCAAGUUACUUGGAACUGAAUCUAAAGAAGUAAGACAGUGAAAAGAAAUCGGCGAAUAUACGUUAAAUCUAAUUGUUAACGUAACUUAAAUUAAGCGUUGUAUUCUCUCGGAUAGAUUGUAAAUCCAUGAGAAAAAAAUAAAUAGAAAAAAAAACGAAAAAAAAAAUAUGUUGGAUGCGAGAAAAAGGGUGUAACAUAAAACUCAGGUCGUAGAUAUAAUUAUUGUACGCGAUGAGGGAAAUUCUCUCCGAUUCUUUGUACAAUUUUCCAACGUCUCCUUCUCUCUUUUUUUUGCGAAUUCUGCCAAUUUUUUUCUAUUUUUUAACUUUUAGAGAGCAUACAACUGUACUUUUUUUAAAGGCCAAGUAUGUAUCAAUAGAUUAGAAAACAAAUGAAGAAAACAUCAAAUUUGCAAAUUUGUGCAAUUUUGAAAUAAAUCUUCAAAAUCUGGCAUUUUUCUGUUCAAUCUCAAAUUGAUAAAGAAAAAAUAUCAAAGAAAAAGAAGAAAUUAAUACUUGAAAUUUAAUAUUUAAAUACAUGUAUCUUAUUCAGCAGCAAAAAAAAAGAAAAUAUAUGUAUUUUCCAAAAAUAAAAAUAAAAAUGUGCUUGAACGGAAAAUUAACUGGGUUUUCUACAAACUGGACUCGUUUUUUUCUCUCGAAUACCAAUUGAUUAAAAAUAAAGAAAUAAAAUUUUUCUUUUCUUGGCAAAGAGAAAAAUUCGAGUCUUUCUUUGUUUUUCAAGACUGACUAGAAUUAUUAUACGUUUAUAAUUGCAGAAUGUGCGCCGAAAUUCUCUUUUUUUCCAUAUUGAGAUAAAGGAGAAAGAGAGAGAAAGAGAAAGAGAGAAAGAAAGAAAAAUUUCUUUUUCUUUCAAAAUGCAUUUAUUGUGAAAAAAAUUUCUUUUUUUUUUAAACAUACGGUGUGUUAAAAUUUCAAGAAUCGUAUAAUAGAGAGAAUUUCACUCGAGAUUUUUCCUCGUCGAACACAAAAGUACGAGCGUUUUCUUUCGUAGAAACGAAAAUAGGGCAAAAUGAGAAAAAAAGAAAUAAAAAAAAAUGUAAUAAGAAUAAUUCGGAAAGGGGAAUGUUAAUUUAAGUUCCCUUAUCCGAGAGAUAUUUAUUAAUCGACGUUUCACUUUGUAAAAUAGUCCCUCCCUUAUUAUUAUUCUUAUUAUUAUUAUUAUUAUUAUUAAUAUUAUUAUUAAUAUUAUUAUUAUUUUUAAUAUUAAUUAUUAAUAUUAUUAUUUCUAUUGUUAGUACUAUUAUUAUUAAUAUUAAUAUAAUUAUUAAUAUUUUUAAUAUUAUUAUUAAUGAUAAUAUUAUUAUUCUAAUUGCAGGUCGUCAUUGUUCCGCGAUCAGUCGAAUUAUACUAUCGCUAAUUUAGUAUAAUAACGAUAAUAUCAAUGAAAACAUUAUUCUCAGACUGUAAAUAAAAUUAUUUUGUAUGCCAAAAUAAACCAAAUGGAUGACUACGACACGAUGUGACACGUACACGUGAGGAUUAAACGAGAAAUACAUAGAAAAAAUAUUGUAAUUAUUAAUUAAAUUAAUUAAUUAUUAUUAUUAUUAUUAUUAUUAUAAUUAUUAUUAUUAUUAUUAUUAUUAUUAAUUGUGUAGACACGCGCGCAUUAUACACUCGUGUUUAAAUUAACACUUUCAGAACUUGAACCGAUUUUAGAGAAUCCACGAGGACGAAAGAGAGAGAGAGAGAGAGAGAGAGAGAGAGAGAGAGAGAGAGAGAGAGAGAAAGAAAGAAAGAAAGAAAGAAAGAAAGAAAGAAAGAAAGAGCGAGAGAAGAGAGAGAUUCUUGAAAUUUUAAAUAUCAUGACUCUAAUAUUUUAUAUGCACAUUUAAAUAUUGACAGAACAUUUUAUUUUUUUUAAAAUCGUUGUUUUUUUUAAAUUAAAAAAAACACUGUUGUUAAAUUCUCUGCUAUGUGUAAAAAAAUGUCUUAUUUCUCGAUAAGAAAUAUCACGUGAAACAUUGUUUUUCAAUGAAAAUUUUCAUUUCGAAUUGUCAAACGAUAUUUUGAAAAAGAAACAAUUUUGCCUCAAAUAUGCAAAAGAAAAAGAAAUUUAGAAAACUUUCCUAGAAUUAAAAAAUUAGGAUUUUAAAAAUCUAUCGUAGAUUGUUUACAUUUUUGAAAUGAGAAUUUUCAUUGAAAUCUAUUUGUAAUUAGUUGUACUUAUUGUAAAAUUGAUUUGGAAGAUCCUUAGCCAUUUGAAUGAUACUUCUCUAAUUUUUCUUUUAUGCUUGGCAAACAUAUUUUAAAAUUGUGGCAAAAGAAAAAAUGAAAGACUAAAUGUUUCUAUAUGUUUUUUGUGGAAUGUAUAUUGAAAAAAGAAAAUAAUGUAGUAAAUAGGAAUCACGAUUUGUUUUAUAAAUCGAUUUUGGUGCAAUGGUUGUGAAAACUUGAAUUCUUUGUGUGCGUCUGAGAUUUAGAAAUUAAAUAAAGAACCAAAAAAAGAAAAAAGAAAUGAAAACAACAAAAAAAAAACAAUCUAAUUAUUGUGUAUUUUUAAUAAUUUUUAUUCUCUUUUUUUUAAAUUACGGCUAAGAAUCUUUUCAAACAAAAAAAAAACAAAAUAUAUUGCUCAUAGUGAAGCAGAAUUAAAAAUUUUCGUAAAUAUAUAAAUAAAUAUAUUUAAAAAGAGAGGCCAAUGUUUUGAUAAAGAUUAAAACGAAAUGAUGUGACAUUUUUUUUAGACUUUAUCAAAAAAAAAAAAUGAAAAUUUUUAGUUAUAGAUUAUUGGCCACUAUCUGCAGCUAUUUUAUUAGUUUUUCAUGUAAUUAAAAAUCCUCAUUAAGUUAUUAUCAUUGUUAGUCGAUGAAAAAAUAAAAAAAAGUGUAUUUAAAAUAUAUUUACGAACGUAACGUAAUAAUUGUACGUUAAAAAAAACAAGAAAGAAAAAGAAAGAAAUAUAAAAAUUGUUUGGUGAUUUUAUUUUUUCAAUUCUCAUUUUUAUCAGAAAUAUUGUUUUGUAAAAAAAAAUUGUGUAAAAUCUGUGGAAAAGAGAAUUGAAAAAAUAAAAGUUUGUUUUUUAAACUUAAGUCGCUAUACGUUUAGACAGUUCUUUUUUGUUCUUCUUUAACAUUAUAUCGUUUCAUUGUCACGAAACCUAAGUAUUUUUUUUGACAUGAGAAGAUCGUCAUUUCUUACACACAUAUAUACACGCCUCGUUGGAUUUUCAUCAAACGACUCAAGAAUUAUAUAAAAAAUAAUAAACAAAAAAAAAACUUGAAAGUUUUUUCGUUCUCUCAUGUUACUAACGUCUAUUUGUGCCGUUAUGUACCUGUAAAUAUCAAUAAAACGACGAUAUACUCAAGCGAAAAAAAA